AUGCAUGGUCGAGCAUCCGUCUACCUCCUCCUGUUCAUUACCAGCGUCCUCGGACUUCGCCUCGACCAGUGCGUCACCGACCGAGCGUCCGGCGUUACCUCCUGCGAGCGGGCUAUCUCCGAUGCGCCGGGGUGCACCGAGAUUCUCAUCUGUGCGGUUGCCGCGCCAACGUCGGCAGCUUGCGAGAGCAGUUCGUGCGAGAGUGUGUGCGUAUGGAGGCAAGGUGGCGGCUGGUGGAACCGGUCGGGUCCCGUCGGCGAGCCGCCAUGUGGCAACAGGAGGCUCGGCAUCACCAAGCGCGCCAGGCAGUGGCCGGACCAGCUGGUCCGUUGGCGCUUUGCAAAGCAGAGCGGGAGCCGCGGGUGGGCUCCCGGCUCGCUCUUCCGUGGCGUCGUCGAGGCGGCCAUCGCGAGGAUCGAGGAGAAUACGUGCGUCUGCUUCGUCGAGGUGGACCCGGACGAGACAGACGAGUCACAGCCAAGCUUUGUCGGCCGUAACGAGCCGCGGCUCGCCAUCUACGGCUCUGGACCGCAGGAGGCGACCUCCAGCUGCUCAGGGUCUGCGACCGUCGGAGCCUACACGUCCGCCCAAAUGACGCUGAGCUACGGGUGCGCGAACGUGUACUUCGAGGGCCUGGUCGUCCAUGAGUAG